UGCCUGGGUUUUGUGGGGCUGGAGGUGGGUGCAGCCGGCUUAGGAAUCUCUCCAUUUCUGAGCUGGAAAUUUAAACCUUGCGAGGCAGCUCCUGAAUCCUGAAUGUUGAGAUGGGCAGUUGUGUUUCGGGGGACUGCGCAGUCAAAACGGCAAAGAGAGUGAUUUAUUUGGGCUUCAGUAAAUGCUGCAUCUUGUAUUUCAAAGAGUUUCCUGUCAUGACCUCAUAAAAAAGAGGAGGCGGCUUGUAUGUGUAGCGGUGCCUGGCGUGUUGAGUUGUUGCUUCCUUCUCUGGGCAGCAGCUCUGUUAGAAGGAAUGUCAGCUUUUACAUAACGUUCCUUUCCGCUUUUGACACACUGUGUGAGGGUCCAUCUUCUUCUGAUCCCAGAUGGAGUGGAAUGGCUUGAAGAUGAUAAUUAGCACCAUGGAGCCUCAGGUGUCAAAUGGCCCGACAUCCAAUACAAGCAAUGGACCCUCCAGCAACAAUAGAAACUGUCCUUCUCCCAUGCAGACAGGGGCAGCCACAGAUGACAGCAAAACCAACCUCAUAGUCAACUAUUUACCCCAGAAUAUGACCCAGGAGGAAUUCAGGAGUCUCUUUGGGAGCAUUGGUGAAAUAGAAUCCUGCAAACUCGUGAGAGACAAAAUUACAGGACAGAGUUUAGGGUAUGGAUUCGUUAACUAUAUUGAUCCAAAGGAUGCAGAGAAAGCCAUCAACACUUUAAAUGGACUCAGACUCCAGACCAAAACUAUAAAGGUCUCAUAUGCCCGUCCGAGCUCUGCCUCAAUCAGGGAUGCUAACCUGUACGUUAGCGGCCUUCCCAAAACCAUGACCCAGAAGGAACUGGAACAGCUUUUCUCACAAUAUGGCCGUAUCAUCACCUCACGAAUCCUGGUUGAUCAAGUCACAGGAGUGUCCAGAGGGGUGGGAUUCAUCCGAUUUGAUAAGAGGAUUGAGGCAGAAGAAGCAAUCAAAGGUCUGAAUGGCCAGAAGCCCAGCGGUGCUACGGAACCGAUUACUGUGAAGUUUGCCAACAACCCCAGCCAGAAGUCCAGCCAGGCCCUGCUCUCCCAGCUCUACCAGUCCCCUAACCGGCGCUACCCUGGCCCACUUCACCACCAGGCUCAGAGGUUCAGGCUGGACAAUUUGCUUAAUAUGGCCUAUGGCGUAAAGAGACUGAUGUCUGGACCAGUCCCCCCUUCUGCUUGUCCCCCCAGGUUCUCUCCAAUCACCAUUGAUGGGAUGACAAGCCUUGUGGGAAUGAACAUCCCUGGUCACACAGGAACGGGCUGGUGCAUCUUUGUCUACAACCUGUCCCCUGAUUCUGACGAGAGUGUCCUCUGGCAGCUCUUUGGCCCCUUUGGCGCAGUGAACAACGUCAAGGUCAUCCGCGACUUCAACACCAACAAGUGCAAGGGAUUCGGCUUUGUCACCAUGACCAACUAUGAUGAGGCAGCCAUGGCCAUUGCCAGCCUCAACGGGUACCGCCUGGGAGACCGAGUGUUGCAAGUUUCCUUUAAAACCAACAAAGCUCACAAGUCCUGAAUUUCCCAUCCUUACUUAUUAAAUUAUAUAUAUAAAUAUAUACGAACAAAACACACGCGCGCACACACACACACACACACACAAAAGAGAGAGAAACAAACUUUUCAAGGCUUAUAUUCAACCAUGGACUUUAUAAGCCAGUGUUGCCUAAGUAUUAAAACAUUGGAUUAUCCUGAGGUGUACCAGGAAAGGAUUUUAUAAUGCUUAGAAAAAAAGAAAAAAAAAAACACAAAAAAAAUACCUUUGAUGCAUUGAAUGUUCUUUCAUAGCUGUCGUUGUUGACUAUAUAUACAUAGAUAGCGACGUGCAGGGAUUUUUACCCAGCCAGCUAACUUUACUACCUUCCUUGAAGGUGGAUCUUUUUAAGAUGACCAUUCACUCAUUUGAAGAAGAAAAACAAAAAACAAAAAAAAAAUAAUAAAAAUAAAACAAUUUUUACAAAGUAAUGGGAUUCAAAGAGAGAAAAUAAAAGAUUUUUUUUUUUGUCAAAAUGUUGAUCCAAUCAGAUUGGUAAAAAAAAAAAAAAACAAAACCCCCACACAAAUUAAAGAGGAAUAAUAAAAAUUGCAAAAAUUAAAAAACUUUUGCAAAUUUUUUUAUUUUUCCUUUUUUCUUUUAUAUCAUGUGAACUAAAACAGUCUUCUGUUAGGGGACGGGGGCGAGGGGGAUACCUGAUGACAUUAACAAUUUAAUAACAUUAACAUUGUUGCCAAAGAGGUGGUCUCUUUGCUGAAAAUGGGUUUCAAGAAAAAUCUAUUUUUAUAAAAUAUAAAGAAUUUUUACAAGAGAAUCUGGAUUUGAGAAAAAAAUAUUUUGACUGGCUAAUUUAGGGGAAAUUGACAACUUUGUCGCGUUCAUACUGCACUGGUAACUUUUUAGAGAUCAAGAUGUGUGUUUUAAACUGGAUUCGUAGACUGUUUUUUGAAGGAUGGGCUAUAAACAGAUGAUCUUCAUAUCUUUUCAUAGCAUGUAAUAAUAAUAUAAAAAAUUAUUAAUUACUAGGGGAAAGGAGUGUUCGUUCUACCCAGGGUACCACAGUUCCCCACAGUCAAAACCCAAAAGCAAGGAGAUGAGUUGAAAGACAGUUUUUCUUUAAGUCAUCAGUAUGGGAUGUCAGCAGAACAAAAAUUAAAAAGAUUAAUUUUCCUUUCAAUCUAAAACUUCCUUAGUUUGAGCAGUAGGUGCUACGAAAUUAUUUACAUAUCUUAGUAUCAUAGUUAAAUGUAAUGUGUUUAGGAGAGGAAAACAAAAGAUACAUUUGCUUUAAAUUCAUUAAGGAAUUUUCAAAUUCACUUUGUAGCCCAUGCUGAUAGAAUUGGGCUGUGUUGGUACAUUUGAAACACUGUUUAUGUUGCUUGAAACACUUAUUUAUUUAAUCGCAGAUGUGAUGAUGCCUAUGGCCGAGAUCAAAUAUAGCUAGAUUGGCUAGACUACGUAUUUGUUUACUUAAACUAUGGGAAGAAGCAUAUUAUUGUGUCAUUCUGUUGUGUGUGUAUGUGUAUAUACAAUAUAAAUAUAUAUAUAUAAAGUUAUUUUUUCUUUGGGUUAAUUUAUUAUAAGUUGUAACACUUGGCUAGUUUUGUUUGUAUAUGUCUUAAAAUGUUUUCUUAUGAUAUUUAAGUGACAGUUAAAGAGGUAUCAAGGUAACUUGUGUAGAACUAUUGUUUGAUAUAUUGUCAUGUUUGUUGUGAAUAUUUUUUUCUUACUGCACAGUAGAAAAAUAAAAACAACUGGGUCUUUCUUUUAAUGUAAUUCAGAUUGGGGAAAACAAAACAGAGCUAAGGGAACAAAACGACUGAGGGAGCAUUCUCCCACGUCCAGUGCACUGAUCAUUUUAGUAUGUUUGUGCUUUGUACGGUUAUAUAUUUAAAACAAAAACAAAACAAAAAAAUACAAGGGUUCAUGCUCUUCCCUGGGUAAUAGAAACAGUUACUCGCUAUGCAUAAUCUAGUUGAUAGUUAAAUUUGCUAUUGCUUUUCUUGUCUUGUUAUAUACAAUCUUUUCAAUACCAGUUUAGUCUUAAUGGUAAUAAAACGUUAUGGUUAUUUAUAA